UACCGGUAUCUUGGGAACGUAGUGUGAAAUAUGUCUCCGAUUCUUAUGGAUUGGCGCUUUGAGCCAUGAAAAGCAGCCAUAUCGAUUGAGAUUUACACGGGACAGACCUGGGAAUGGUCAGGCAGCUGGGGCCUGAAGUGACAGCCGAUACUUACGUGCAUGUAAACCAUUGAAGCAAAGAAAAAACAAACUGCUGGAGGAACUCGGAGCAUCUGCAGUCUCUCGUGUGAACCAAUGAACGCGGACGAAGCGUUGUGAAACGCAGACCAUUAGCAAGGAAUUUGAAAGCAUCAAAGUUCAGGGUCUGAAUUGAUAACCGAAAGAAAUGUCUGAGCACUCCUUACGCUUCCCCAACACCUCGGAGGCUGCGGAAUGAUUUGGAAACAAGCUCUGCAUUUUGAACACGUCUCCGACAGGCAUCCCGCACAGGGACGGAGAGCUGCAAAAUAAAUCGGAGUGAGCGAGGACAAUAACAAAAGAGUGAUGGUCGGAGGUGGAGCUGCAGGCUGAGGUCGGAGUGACGAUCCCGGGGCGGAGCUGCACAAAGGGACCAUUCAGAGGCUCAGAGCCGUGCGCUGCCCCUUAUCGCCGCCACUCGACUGAGUAUUGACACCGAGGACGAAGCUUGGGCUGUGGUGGCAACAUGACAAGCAACAAAUGUGAUGUGAUUGUCAUCGGUGGCGGCAUCUCAGGUCUUUCAGCAGCCAAAUUGCUGAUAGAAUCUGGGCAGAAGGUGGUGGUACUGGAGGCCCGAGACAGGGUUGGAGGACGGACUUUCACAUCCAGAAAUAAAAAUGUAAAAUAUGUGGACCUGGGCGGAGCUUAUGUGGGUCCAACUCAAAAUCGAAUCCUACGUCUGUCAAAAGAAAUGGGUCUGGAAACCUAUAAAGUUAAUGAGGUUGAGCAGUUAGUUCACUACGUGAAGGGAAAAUCCUAUCCUUUCAAGGGACCAUUUCCACCGAUGUGGAAUCCACUUGCCUACAUGGAUUACAACAAUCUUUGGAGAACCCUGGAUGACAUGGGAAAGGAGAUCCCAGUUGAAGCUCCUUGGAAAGCACCCCAAGCUGAACAAUGGGACAAAAUAACGAUGCAACAGUUGAUUGAUAAACUUUGUUGGACUAAGGUUGCCAAGCACUUUGCUACACUCUUUGUAAAUGUAAAUGUCACCUCUGAACCACAUGAAGUCUCUGCUCUCUGGUUCCUGUGGUACGUCAAACAGUGUGGUGGGACAACGCGCAUAUUUUCGACAACCAAUGGGGGUCAGGAGAGAAAAUUUGUUGGUGGAUCUGGCCAGAUCUGUGAACAAUUAAUGAUCCGCCUUGGAGAUUGUGUGAAGCUACAGAAGCCUGUGAUCCGGAUUGAUCAAACACAAGACACAGUGGUCGUGGAGACUCUUGAACAUGAGAUGUUUGAGGCAAAAUAUAUCAUCAGUGCCAUUCCACCAGCACUCAGUCCUGAAGAUUCAUUACAACCACCCCUUCCACCUCUGCGAAACCAGCUUAUCCAACGUGUUCCCAUGGGAUGUGUGAUCAAAUGUAUGGUAUACUACAAAGAAAACUUCUGGAGGAAGAAAAACUAUUGUGGAAGCAUGAUCAUUCAAGAUGAGGAAUCUCCUAUUGGCCUUACCCUGGAUGACAGCAAACCAGACGGCUCAUUUCCUGCUAUCAUUGGAUUCAUCCUUGCUCGUAAAGCACGGCGCCUGAUAAAUCUCACAAAAGAAGAGAGGAUGCAGAAGAUCUGCAAGAUUUAUGCCAAGGUUCUUGAAUCUGAGGAGGCAUUACAUCCCAUCCAUUAUGAAGAAAAGAACUGGUGUGAAGAGCAGUAUUCAGGUGGAUGUUACACUGCAUACUUCCCUCCAGGAAUUAUGACUCAGUAUGGAAAAAUCCUGAGACAGCCAUUUCAGAAGAUCUACUUUGCUGGCACUGAGACAGCCACUGAGUGGAGUGGAUACAUGGAAGGUGCUGUGCAGGCUGGGGAGAGAGCAGCCCGAGAGAUCUUGCAUGAGAUGGGGAAAAUUUCAGAAAGUGACAUCUGGCAGUCUGAACCUACUUCUUUGGAUGUUCCUGGAUUCCCAAUCAAGCCAACUUUCUGGGAGAGAAACUUGCCUUCGGUUUCAGCAUGUAUCAAGCUUUUUGGAUGGUCAGCAUUCCUCACUUCUGCAGCUGCUGUAGGGGUCUUUGUGUAUAAAAAGGGACUCCUGAGAAAGAAUUAAGUUGGAAAUACUUUGACAGUGAACCUGUCAGCACAACCUUACUGCACACUCUCACUGUCAACAUCAUGUCACCUAUGCUAAUCUAAAAUAUUUCUGCUGUACUGAUCUAAUACAAUGAUUUAGUUUUCUAUUAGGAAAACUGCAGAUGAAUCAUUGUUUGCAAGCUUUCCACAAAUGUUACAUUAACCUACUGGGAUAUAAUAAGGAUUAACAGAACAAUACUGAUUAUGGGAAUCUCAGAUUUUGCAUGUAUUGUUUAUCUUUUGAUAUGACUUAAUUUUACCUAAUUUAAUGUUUUAAAACAAAUUUUUGAUUCUGGAAGAAGUCUUUACCUUUUCUGGACAGCAAUUCCUUGAUUACAUUCUUAGUUAAUGUGCUCAUUGUUUUAAUUCAUACAUUUUGCCUAUAAUUGUUUACAGAUGCUUAGUCUGAUCACAGAAGCUGUUGCAUAAAUGUGUUGAAUUCAGUGACAUUAAAACACCAACAGUUCUCAUUAUUAUCCAACUAUUUUAGAUAGAAUGCCUUUUUAAAUUCCUGAAUUAUAUUUAAUGCCUCAAAAAUAUGUAGACAAAUAUCUAAUUUCCAGUUUAAAAAAAAUUGAGGGAUGAAUUAUGGCAGGAGGCAUUGCACAGGAAUUGUAUUCUUUCAACUUAAGAAAUUCUCCACUUCAUCUGUGAAAAUCUGAUCAGCUCAGUCAGUAAAUUUUAGGCAGUUCAGGCAUCACUUUUAUUUGCACUUCCUUGAGGAAUUUGCAUAAAAAUCAUUGUUCAUAUUUUAUGUGUUAAUGGCAUAGAUUUGCAAUUAUAUUGAUUAAAAUAACAUAAAAUGGUAACUUUAACACUAUAAAAAGGAUGGUACAGAUUUUAUUUAUAUUCAACAACCAAUCGUGUUCCUUAGCUUCACAUAUCUUUAAUCCAGAGUCAGAUUUUGUUCAAAUCAUUACCGAAAUGGACAAAUGAGAGCCUUAUGCUGAUGUCAUCCUGCACGUUUGAAACUUGAGAAUCAGAAGGGAAAUGUUGAUAGAUUUAAUUUUAACUUCCUGGUUUGUGUUUAUGGAUGAAAAAACAUCUUGGAACUUCUUAUAUCUGCAUUUUCAAAUUUUCAUCUUUAUUUAGGUUUCCUUAUAUUAAUGAAAAUAAAGCUGACAUUAAGUAUACCAACAUAAAUUUACUUAAAUAUCUGAAUUCUGACUACAUCCUAAUUCUUUUCCCUUCUGCUCGUUCAUUUGUGAAGCAAGGUUUUUAUACCACUGACUUAUUAAUUAAUGCUAAUAAUUGGAAAUUGAGAUAUAAUAAGAAAUUAUGAUAAAAUUCUGGAUCUAGAUUUAUAAUACAACAGCUGAAGCAGUUAAUUUCCAAGAAGUUGCAUUACAAUCAAAUGUAUAUGAUAAUGAGUCCAAAAUGUUAUGAGUACAUGUUAAACAUCAAUGUGAGUUCAGUGUAAUUGUGCUAAAGCAGAUAUGGAAAUACGGUGAUGGAUAGUGCAACUUGAGUAUCAGUGUCUGUGGCAAAAUCAGUAUAUUUGAACAUUCUACAGUGAUGCUGAUAUUGUCUCUUUUUCAAAGACUUUGUGAGUUUAGUCUCUGUGCCUUAUCCCUUUGUGGUGUUUUCUUUUCUCAAGUGCCUAUGUGGCUGUGUCUUCAAUGUGCACAUUUUCAAGCUGUAACAUUUAAAAGUUUUAUAAUGUUACUUGUAAAAUUGUACUUCUGCACUGGUACACAGACAAUGUGAAAUUUGCUAUCACCUGUAAUGCGCUGAUAGAUAAACUGGUCAGUGUUUUGUUUGAAUCACAUCCAUUACUCAUGUUAAUAUCUCUGUCUCUAAAUGGAGCUAAUUUCAUACAGAAAUCCUGAUAAAUACAGAAAGGCUUAGGUGGGUCACAUCUUAUUGCUCUGUAGAAUGUUAAUGGAAAAUGCAAGGAAAUUUAAGAAGUAACAAAUAACUCGUGCUAGCAGGGUUAGCAAUAGAUGAUGACAUACGGUACUUUUAAAAAUCAAACAUAUGCUGUCAUUGUCUUUUUCAACAAAUCCAGUAUUUUAAAUCAAUCUUGUGCUUAUAUGAAAUGAAAUGAAUACUGUUGGUUACUGAUCUGGUAAUAAAACUGAUGUGAAAAAAUUA